AUGCCAGGAAUCGGUCCACAACUCGUCUAUGAGAACAACGUGUAUAUUCAACUAGCUGCUUCAUUUACUGACUUCAAUGUGACCGGUAACAAGAAGACGGAUGAGUGCGAGUUGGUAUUGGAAACAAUGCAGAAAGGGAAAGUCAUGCUCAACAAGCAGAACAGGAUUGAUGCCAACAGCGGCAAUCAGCUGUGGGUGAUGUGCCGAGAUGGGUGUAUAGAAAACGUCGGCAUGUCAUCUUCGUUCGAAGACGUCGAAUGGUUUAGGUUACUGGAUGGACGACUGUGGUGUGAAGGCUUGCCGAACAUGGCGGUCACUCAUCAGGCUCCCAAUAUAUUCCUUUCUAAAAAUGAAGCUGACGAAGAUGACGUCAUGCCAUCGUCAUCACAAGUGUGGAGGAUUCAGCGACAGCGGCCAGGUAGUGGAACGUUGGAAGUAGAGUGCCUACACAGUGGGCCGACGCUGGUUGUCCGUAUCACCGACAGAGAAAAGAUUCGUAUGGACCCCCUAUCGAUGCCUGUCCUUACGAAGCAGCUAUUUUUCAUUUUUUCUUUUUUUUUUUUUUUUUUUUUGACCAGCUGGAAUGGAAAUCAAUGUGACGAUGCGAGCCGGUAUUGGUAUAUCGCUAGUGAAUGGAUCGCAUGA